AUGUCUACUUUACAACAAAAUCCUCCUUUCUUGAUUGAAGAAAUAAAAAAUUGGAGUCCAGAGCAAGUCAUCAAGUUUUUAGAAUCAAAGAAAGGCGAGUUGUCUCUUAAUGAAAACCACAUUAAAAUUAUUGAAAAUGAAGAGAUUUCUGGUUUGGCCUUACUCUCGUUAACUAAAGAAGAUCUCAGAAGUUUCGGUUUGAAAGGAGGACCAUCAAUAGUAAUUCUAGAACUGAUUAAGAAUCUCAAAAGUGAAGAACAAACUUCAAGUGUUCAAGAAGUACGGUUAAAUGCAUUAGAAGAUAAGUUAACAUCGGUUCAAGAGCUACUCCAAAAAUCUGUAAUCCAACAGCAAGUUGAACAAUUCAAUCCUACUCAAGGAAAAGGAAAAAAAAGGGUAGUAGAACAAGAACAAGGGUAUGAAAAUCCGACAAAGGUUCUAAAAAUUUCUAGCACUACAAAUGUGAAGUCAACAUUAAAAAGUAGUGAAAUGGAUGUGGAUGAUACGAAUAAUAAGGUCAACGCAAACAUUCUAUCAUCAAAUGAGGAUAUAUGUAGUCAUCAUAAAGAGUUUGCAUACAAUUGCCUUGCUAAAGGAGAUAUUAAUUAUUUGAUUAAUCUUAUCAAAAGGCAUUUCCAAUCCAGGUCAAUGAUGUCAUUGAAAUCUAUGAAUGAGGCCGUAUUUCAAGCCGUUUUAGAAAUGCUUCUUCCUUUAAUAUUUCGUGUUCCUGAACUCCGUCUCAUAGUUGAUGGGACAAAGCAAAAGUAUAAUGGACGCUUUGGUUUUGUUGAUAUCUUUAUCCCUGGUGGAAAGGAUAAUCCGAGCAUCGUUCUGGAAUUAAAAUAUAUUAAAUUAACAGGAUUGAAAAGCGGAAGUAAAGGACGUUUUACAAAAUCUCUCAAAACAACCGAGUUGUAUGAGUUGGAUAAAAACCUUGAAGAGGAGGAUGAUGAUACAGUGCUAGAUAGAAAAUACAUGUCAAAAAAUUCAAGAACGAUAACAACAGUAAGAGAAAUCAUGAACAAUGGUAUCCAACAGUUGCAAAACUAUAUUAGAAUAAUUACAAGAGGUCCAGUUAAAGGAUAUGUUGAUUCCGGAAUUUUGGACCCACGAGUUGGCGUUACUGAAACUAUGAAAGAUUCAGGACAACUUAUGGGAUAUGUUAUUAUGUCUGUUGGUACUCGUCGAAUGUUGGUUCGGUCUUAUGGCCCAAUUAAAACAGAUAUAUGUUAUUUUAGUGUGCCAAAAUAG